AUGUUUAUCACAAAGGCAUUAAAAAAGAUUGUUUUCAAGCUUAUCUCUAAUAAUUACUCGGAUAACGAUGGUGGAAAUGAUCAAGAUGAUGAUUGCGAUGGCCCCCAUGCUAAUGCUCCUCGAGAGGGUAAUCGUGAUGGUCCCCUAGUGGCUAAGGAUGAAAGUACAAGAAAUUAUUAUGAUGGUCCCGCAGAUGAUGAUUAUGAUUCUUAUGAUCCCAAAGAAAGUGAUCCCCAUGGUAAUUGGAAUGAUGAUACCCCAAAUGACAAUCAUCGAGAUAGUGAUAUCCAAGAGGGAGAUGAUGAUGAUAAUGAUGAUGAACUACCCCUAGAGGGUGAUGGCGAAGAUGAUUCCAGAGAAGACGAUUGUAAUAACAAAUACAAAGACAACCCUCGAGGUGUCAUGAAUGAUCAACAAGGUGAAGAUCCGCAUAACCUAGAAUCCAAGACUCGUUCAUGGGAGACUAAGCUGAACCAGUAUCAUGAUGCUGAGGCCAAAGUAGUGUGCCAUCCCGCCGCAGAUGAAAACGACGUGGACAAGGAGUUGGAUAUCCACGACGACAUGUUGAUAAAACGGAGUUUAAAUUUCGAGGUACAGCAACAGGUUGGCCAAGACUGCACUAGUCUGCGCAAUGUCAUUUGUGAUUUGGCGGAAUUUGCCAAUUUGUCCAAGAUCACUGCCAACCGAUAG